UAACUGCCUGCCUGAAGCACAGAACCCAGCCCCAGCACUCAAUCGUUGAUUCCCUUCCUCGUUAGGGCCCCACCGCAUCCUCCUUCCCUUUGCCGUCUGGGCAACGCAAAUAAGCCCCAUUCGACUCGACGCGGCGACGCCGGACGCCCCCUCCCACCAUGGCGACCAUUCGCCGCGCGCGCCUCCCGAUCGCCGCCGCCCUCCUCGUCGUGGCGCUCCUCGCUGGGGGCGCCGCGGCGGACGAUGCCUCCAGCGACGACGACGCCGGAGCCCCAAGCUCUCCCGGCUGCUCCAACAAGUUCCAGCUGGUUAAGGUGAAGAAUUGGGUGAAUGGUACUGAAGGUACAACUGUUGUUGGACUAAGUGCAAGAUUUGGAGCCUCCUUGCCUAGAGAUAUUCAUGAAGCUCAAAAAACAUUUGCUGUCCUCGCAAAUCCAUUUGAUUGUUGUUCCAAUUUGACAUCAAAGUUAGCAAAUUCUGUUGUUUUAGCAACACGUGGGGAAUGUGCUUUCACUGCUAAAGCAAAGAUUGCUCAGGCUGGUGGUGCAACCGGUUUACUAGUUAUCAAUGACAAUGAAGAGCUCUACAAGAUGGUUUGUAGUGAGAAUGACACUUCCAUUAAUGUGACAAUACCUGUCGUCAUGAUACCACAGUCAUCUGGAAAGAAGCUGAAGGCCUUUUUGGAUCAUGGAGCAAGUGUGGAAGUACAGCUAUAUUCACCAAAUCGACCAGUUUUGGACCUUUCAGCAUUUUUCUUGUGGAUAAUGGCCGUAGGAACCAUAGUCUGUUCUUCACUCUGGACUGAAUUUGUUGCCUGCGAGCAGGUUGAUGAACGUUAUAAUCAGAUGACCUGGAAGGAUGGACCUAAUUCUGGAACAAACUACAGAGAAGAUAAAGAGGUCUUCGAGAUCAGCGCCAAGGGUGCUAUUGUUUUUAUUAUAGUAGCUUCAGUUUUCCUCCUCCUCCUGUUCUACCUCAUGUCAUCUUGGUUUGUCUGGGUGCUAAUUGUAUUAUUCUGCAUUGGUGGUAUUGAGGGAAUGCAUGUUUGCUUGGUCACUGUUCUCUCUAGGAUUUUCAAGGACUGUGGACAAAAGACUGUACAACUCCCCUUUUUGGGAGAGGUCUUGAUCUUAUCUGUUGGAAUUGUACCAUUUUGUGUCGUGUUUGCGAUUCUCUGGGCUGUGUAUCGGCAUGCUUCAUUUGCCUGGAUAGGCCAAGAUGUUCUUGGUAUCUGCUUGAUGAUUACUGUGCUUCAGAUGGCACGUUUACCAAAUAUCAGGGUAUUGGCAUGUCUGUUUGAGCAGUUUGCUGAUUGUUAUCAAGUAAUAAUUUUACUGAUCUUACAUGCACGAGAAAUAUCUAACACUGUAUUUUGGCAGGUUGCAUCAGCUCUUCUUAGUGCUGCAUUUGUGUAUGACAUAUUUUGGGUCUUCAUUUCACCACUUAUAUUCCAUGAAAGCGUCAUGAUUGCAGUUGCUCGUGGUGAUAACUCAGGGGAAUCAAUUCCGAUGCUUCUAAGGAUACCUCGCUUCUUUGAUCCAUGGGGUGGCUACGACAUGAUAGGCUUUGGUGACAUUAUUUUCCCUGGAUUGCUUGUUGCAUUCAGCUAUAGAUUUGACAGAGCAAGCAAAAAAGGUAUCGUGAAUGGAUAUUUUCUGUGGCUGACUGUGGGAUAUGCUGUUGGACUUUUCCUUACCUAUCUUGCGCUUUUCUUGAUGGACGGGCAUGGUCAACCUGCGUUGUUGUACCUGGUUCCAUGCACAUUAGGGGCUAUUGUUAUACUUGGUUGGUUAAGAGGUGAACUGCAUGAUUUAUGGAACUAUGGAAAAGGUCAAACGGAAAAUUUAAUCGAUGAACCUUGAAAGUAAUAUCCUGACAACUGGAUUUAGUGCUGGUGAGUGGUGACACCCAUUGGGCUAAUUAAUCCAUGGAUCUUCUGGGCCAAUCUCAAAGGUGUACACGAUUACCUUGGCCGAAAAGUUUAUGUAUUUUUUCUUUUUCUGUAGUAUAUAAUUUUAGUAAUGUAUUAUUCAGAGACGGGGUGCACUGGAAAGUGUUCGGUGUUCAUGACAUAAAUUAAAAUUGAUGAGAUUCAAUAUAUCUUUGCCUUACAGCAUAA